UAAAUAUCGGAAGAAAAAAAGAGUCUUGCCAAGAAUCCCUAAAAUAUGUUAUAGCAAUUAACCGAAUAAGGUCAUUUAAAAUCUUACUGCCAUAAGGAAAACCUUUUCACUCGUAAUUACCAAAUCAAAAACAAAUCAGUAUUUUCUUGUAUAGAUUAACGUAAGAAAUUUCCUUCCAUGUUCUUAUCCUUGGACAGCAAUACCGUCUCCAAUAAGCUAACAAACACCUUCCCACAUAGUAGUAUUUCAAUACGACCAUUACGUCUCCCCUAUAUAAACCCCAUAAUUUCCCGGUUACUCAAUAAUAAAACCUCUCAUGUAGAGCUAGAGUUUUCAAAUCACCCUAGCCGCCACCAUGUCAUCCUCACCAAAAAUCCUCACGUUACGCAGCUCCGACAACGAAACCUUCGAGGUCGAGGAGGAAGUCGUCGUCGAAUCCCAAACAAUCAAACACAUGAUCGAAGAAGACUGCGCCGACGCAACCAUUCCUCUCGCCAAUCUGACAAGCAGUAUCUUGGCUAAAGUCAUCGAGUACUGCAAAAAGCAUGUCGAGUUCACGAAACUCGCUGAGGCGGACAAGACUAGCGCCGAGGACGAUCUCAAGAGCUACGAUGCUGAGCUAGUGGACAAUGCGAAUCAGCAUGUACUUUUUGAUCUCAUUGUGGCAGCGAAUUAUUUGAAUAUUAAGAGUCUGCUUGAUUUGACGUGUCAAAAAGUAGCGGAUACGAUCAAGGAUAUGAAGCCGGAGGAGGUCAGGAAGUAUUUUAAUAUUGAUAAUGGUUUCACUCCCGAGGAGGAGGAGCUGGUCCGCAAUGAGAAUGCUUGGGCGUACGAAUGA